AUGGCUGAAGUGACAAAUGCACCUUCUACUGAUCUUGGUGCUGUUGAAGAGCCACUUGAUCUCGUUAGACUUUCGCUAGAUGAACGCAUUUAUGUUAAAUUAAGAGGAGACAGAGAACUACGUGGUGUCUUACACGCUUAUGAUGGACAUUUAAACAUGGUUUUGGGCGAUGUAGAAGAAACAAUUACCAUUGUUGAUGUCAAUGAAGAAACAUUAGAAUCAACAGUAAAGAGAACGUUUGAUAUGCUUUUUGUUCGUGGUGAUGGCGUCAUUCUGGUCUCUCCACCUUCACGCACAUAA